GUUAUUGAUAGAACUGAGAAAUGCUAAUUUUUCCUUCAGCUAAUUUUAGUUUUUAAUUUUAUUUAAAUUUUAAUGGUACCGAAGAAAUUUAGAAUCCCCUCAUUUUUUCAUUUUUGGAGUUUGUUUUAGUCUAACAAAUUUAUGUGUGUUUUAUUGUGUUUUAGUCUUUGGAUUCUCUAGAAUCUCCGCUAUCUUAACAAUUUCAUUGUCUUUUACCCUUUGGAUGCAUUAGAAAUUGAGAACAGUCAAGCGAAUUUACUUCAUAUUGCUGUCCGUAACUCUGUCUACGGAAUGCAGUGGUUUCAUGUUUAAGAUUAAACUGCAUCAUGAUUUGUGAAUUUGGUUUGAAAAGAUCAAAGGGGUGGAGCCUACAAAUCGCCAAAUCGGCCACUCACCUUCAAUCGGCUCCGGUGAUGAUGAUGAUAUCCUUUGGCUUCCAAUGUUUGACCUCUAUAGCUUCUGAUGCUGAUCUUAUAACCAGCCUCGUGCAAAGAGACAAUGAGCAAUGGCAUGCAGGUGAGGUGAAUAGCACUCCCAGAGGUUAGGUUGAUGGAUUUCUACUGCUAGGCAUCUCUCCUUCAAUCCUUGAAUUUUUCGCAGCAAAAGAAAGUGCCUAAGGUUUGAAUUCAACAUUAUACCAAGUAGAAAUUUAAGUACCAACAUGGUUUAUGACAAACCCAUUUGUGAUACAAUAAAAAUCAAGGGAGAACCUCGACAACUUGAUUAGUAUGUAACCGAAAAGGCCAAAAGCUAACAAAAAUGUUCCUUUUUCCUUGGUGCUCUCCACAUUUGUUAGCACACAUCUAUAAAUUUGAAGAUAGAAAAAUGUUUAUUAAAGCUAAUCUCUUAGCAGAGCCACAGGCCUGCGAUGAGUUCAUCUUCGCUGUUUCCCAAGCCGGAAAUCACCUGGAGGAGGCUUUGAAGCCAGAAGAAAGACGCAUUCGUCCCAUCCAACUCCUCCUCACCUGCGCGAAGCAUGCUUCUUCCGGCAACGUUAACAAACCUAACGAUUGCCUCAGUCAGAUAUCUCUGCUCGCUUCCAUCUCCGGCGACCCCAAGCAGCGCCUCGCCGCCCGGUUUGCCUCCGCGCUCACUGUCCGCCUGGUCAAACGGUGGCCUGGCCUGUACAAGGCCCCGAACUCGGCCCAUCAAUGGCCCAAAAGAGAAUCGGGUAGGGCCAAGCCUCUGUUUUCACAAGCCCUGCCUUGUCUCGCAGUCGCCUACGGCAUCAUCACCCGAACAUGGCUACAAACCAUGGCGGAAGAGCAAACGAUCCAUGCCGUCGAUUUGGGUUCCGGCGACGCCAAUUUCUGGAUUCCUCUACUCCGGAGCUUUUCCCGAUUGCCUAACGGCACUCCUCAUUUGAAGGUCACCUGCGUGAACAAUAACAAAAUCGCCCUGGAAAAUCUUGGACAGAGACUUGUAAAAGAGGCAGGAUCACUAGACAUGCCCUUCCAAUUCAAUCCCAUAAGCCUCAAGUUAACAGACCUCAACACAGAGAUGCUCAAGGUAAGAACAGGGGAAGCAUUGGCUUUAAUUUCAGUACUGACUCUUCACGAAUUGCUGGCCGAGGACGACAGAGUCGACGCCCAUUUCAGCACUGGAAAGGAUACCCAUAGUUCCAUCGUCAAAUAUCACUGGAAAAUGGAUCAAUUUCUAUCAACUAUUCGAUCAGCGUCACCCAAAGUUUUCUUCCUAGUAGAACAAGAAGCGGAUCACAAUCAGACCCGAUUAGUGGACCGAUUCGUUGAGGGUCUGCAUUAUUACAGCGCGGUGUUUGACUCCAUAGACGCUACCUUGGGAGGCUUGGCCAGCGGCGGAGGCGAGGAGAGGGUGGUCUUGGAGGAGAUGUUUGGGAGGGAGAUAGAGAAUAUAGUGGCAUGCGAAGGGGUGGAGAGGGAGGAAAGGCAUGAGAGGUAUUGGAGGUGGAUGGUUCGGUUGGGACAAGUCGGCUUCAAGCCGGUUCGGAUGUGGUUGGACGCCAUGGAAGACAUGAAGAAGAUGGUGGAGGCUUGCGGAAGAGAGGGGUACAAGAUUGUGAAUGAGAAGGCGAGUUUGAUGAUUUGUUGGCAUGAUAGACCCCUCUAUGCUGUUUCUGCAUGGACUUAUUAGAAUUUUUUUUUUCUAAAUCAUUUUUCUUUAGAAAAUUUGUGAAAUAGAUGGUUUUUAUUUUUUUUAUUUUUUUUGAUAAAGUAGGAAAUGUUCAGUUACUAUUAUAAGUAGGUUAAGCACAAUUGCUCAAAAUAAAAGUAUUUUUUUCAU